CCAGCUUUCUCUUCUUUCUUGCCCUCCUCCAAUUGGGAGGUCUGAGAGGCAUUGCCCAAGAUUCCCUGGAGUGGCUGGAGGUGCUUCUGUGGAGACUUUCCGCAGCUGGGUCUUCUGAGACUGAGGUGGCCAGCCGCUGCACCUGAAGAGUAAGGAUGGCAAUGAACAAGGGCCCGACCCUGCUGGAUGGAGACCUCCCUGAGCAGGAGAAUGUUCUCCACAGAGUCCUGCAGCUGCCUGUGGUGAGCGGCACUUGCGAAUGCGUCCAGAAGACCUACAACAGCACCAAAGAAGCCCACCCCCUGGUGGCCUCUGUGUGCAAUGCCUAUGAGAAGGGUGUCCAGGGUGCCAGCAAUCUGGCUGCCUGGGGCAUGGAGCCGGUGGUCCGCCGGCUGUCCACCCAGUUCACAGCUGCCAAUGAGUUGGCCUGCAGAGGCCUGGACCACCUGGAGGAAAAGAUUCCAGCCCUUCAAUACCCUCCGGAAAAGCUCGCCUCUGAACUGAAAGGCACCAUCUCUACCCGCCUUCGAAGCGCCAGGAACAGCAUCAGCGUGCCCAUCGCAAGCACAUCGGACAAGGUCCUGGCCAGCUGCGAGCUUGCCUUGGGGGUGGCUAAAGAGACCGUGGAAUAUGCCGCCAACACCCGAGUGGGCCGAUUGGCUUCUGGAGGGGCUGACCUGGCUCUGGGCGGCAUUGAGAAGGUGGUCGAGUUCCUUCUGCCACCAGCCAAGGAGGAAUCAGCCCCCACUUCUGGACGGCAGAGGGACCCGAAGACUCCCAAGGCCAAACCAAGCCUCGUGAGGAGGGUCAGCACCCUGGCCAACACUCUUUCACGACACACCAUGCAGACCACUGCCUGGGCCCUGAAGCAGGGCCACUCUCUGGCCAUGUGGAUCCCGGGCGUGGCACCUCUGAGCAGCCUGGCCCAGUGGGGUGCGUCAGCAGCCCUGCAGGUGGUGUCCCCGCGGCGGCAGAGUGAGGUGCGGGUGCCCUGGCUGCACAACUUAGCAGCCUCCCAGGAUGAGAGCCAUGACGACCAGACGGACAGCGAGGGAGAGGAGACAGACGAGGAGGAAGAAGAGGGGUCAGAGGCUGAAGAGAACGGGCUUGGAGAGGUAACAGCCCUGCCCAACGCGAGAGGCCUCCUGGGUGGGGUGGUACACACCGUGCAGAAGACUCUCCGGAACACCAUCUCAGCAGUGACAUGGGCACCUGCGGCUGUGCUGGGCACGGUGGGAAGGAUCCUGCACCUCACACCAGCCCAGGCUGUCUCCUCCACCAAAGGGAGGGCCAUGUCCCUAUCCGAUGCCCUGAAGGGUGUUACCGAUAACGUGGUAGACACUGUGGUACACUAUGUGCCGCUUCCCAGGCUGUCCCUGAUGGAGCCCGAGAGCGAAUUCAGAGACAUCGAUAAUCCGCCAGCAGAGGUCGAGCGCAAGGGGUCCGGGGCGCGGCCAGCCAGUCCGGAGUCCGCGCAGCGUCCGGGUCAGCCUCGGGGUGGCUUGCGCAGCGUGCGGGGGCUCAGCGCGCCCUCCUGCCCGGGUCUGGACGACAGGGUGGAGUCGUCGGCGCGUCCCGGCUUCCUGGCCAUGCCCAGGGAGAAGCCUGCGCGCAGGGUCAGCGACAGCUUCUUCCGGCCCAGCGUCAUGGAGCCCAUCCUGGGCCGUGCACAGUACAACCAGCUGCGCAAGAAGAGCUGAGCGACCUGCGUCCCUGCUCGCCCCGGCGCCACCCCAUGGAAGGUUCGCCUCUCACCAAGGAAACAGAAACCACACUUCUAAGUGGGCCUCUCCGUCAGAUUGGCUCCUUGGAAGCCUGAGCUACAUCCCCACGAUGAUGCUGCACACAUCAUUUCUAAAGCAUCCUUUGGGGGCUUGGCCAUCACAGGCAGUUUUUAAGGGGCACCAGAGUAGCGGUCGAUUUUUAUUUCAUGGCUUUCUUUUCUUCCUUCCUUCCUUCCUUCCUUCCUUUCUUUGUUUCUUCCUUCCUUCCUUUCUUUUUUUUUUUAACUAAAAAGUAAUUGUUUAAUUCAAUUUCUCACUUCCGUGUCAAAAUUUGUGGCGAAAUAACACCUGACUGAUUCUAAAAUUCACAUUCUUUCUCUGUGAACAUGUAUUUUUUUGGUAGUGGGUUAGUUGACAAUUUCUUUUCUUUCUUUUUUUCCCCUCUUUCCUUCCUCUCUUUCCCCUCUCUCUUUCCUCUUCUCCUUCUCCCAAGUAGCACAGGCUGGGUCCUUCUCCAGUGCUAGGAGAUGCCCUCUCUGGUCUGCUCCCUCUGAAUGUCAGGAAUUCCUGGUGCUUUUUUAGCGCUGAGCCUAAGACCCUCUGAUAACCUGGCUCUCAGCACACCGCUUUGAAAUGAACAACGAGGUGCCAAAGCUUUUGUGCGCUUAUUUAGAUAGCAGUUCAGACUUUGCAUCUCUCUUGCCUGCACAGUGGAGCCUCGGGUCCGUGCCACGGCUCCUUCUCAUCACUCCUGCCUUCCACCUGUGUGGUCACUCUUGAAUGUUGAUACCCCCAGACGCUGGGAGCCGACAAUGGUCACCUUUAGCCUAACAGUGUAUACUAUAUAGAGCACAUACCCAUAGCCACCAUUCAUUCCAAAUCCCAUUUUUGGAGAAUAUCAGUAUUUGGUCAAUCUAGGGAAUUCAUAAAUAUACUUGUUCAAACAUU